AUGGACUCCAGCAAGAAAAGCAGUCAAAGUGGGAAAAGAGGGGCAAAAGACUCCUCCUCCAGUAGUAAAGACUCCUCCUCCAGUAGUAAAGACUCCUCCUCCAGUAGUAAAGACUCCUCCUCCAGCAGUUCGAGCGACGGUGCCUUGACAUGUUACCUCCAUGAUCUCAGUCCAGUCAAAAAGGCAAGAAAUAGCAGUGUUGGUUAUUACAAUUUUACUGUCCAAACUGAUGAAACUGUUCACCGUGGUGUGUCAUUUCGAAUGGAUUUGAGGGAUAAGAUAGAAAAAGCAGCUGAAUCGAAGAGUCCCGUAAAGUUGGUUAAUUAUAAACGCAAAGCGAACUGGAAAGAUAACAGCCUCCAGGACAUUGAAGUCAAUAGAAACACCAGAUUGGAGGAGUGUAAAGCUGGUUUCGCUCACAAAAACAUCAAAAAGGAUGUUGCCAAACGUCAAAAAAUCAAAACUGUGCUUGAUAGUGGUUAUGAUAAACAGAUGGUUACUAUAAUAGGAUAUAUUGACAUUGAUAAUGUGGCUAUUUCAACUAUGGAUUCGUCUGCAAAAAGAACUGAUACAUUCGUUAACGAUGACAGUGGGAUUGUUUUGGUUUCCUUUUGGAAUGAAAUCGCAAAUCAGCUGAGCACGAGUGGUACCUAUGAAUUACAAAAUCUUUCCGUACGGGAGUUAAAUUCAACCCCUGUUGAAACUGUUCUCACUACAACCAGCGAAUCAUUGAUCUUGCCCUGGACGAAAGGUAAUGCAAUAAAACAAUCGUCUCCACCAUAUCAGCUAAAGAAGUCCUUGCAUUUUCCCAUAAAAAGUGUUUCAAUCAGCCAGAAGGUAUAUAAAUGUCCUCGUUGUUUUACUCAAAUUGAAGAAUCUACGCUUGGACAAGAUUUUUUUCGUUGCGCCAAAAGUAAAAAUAGUACAAAAUUUUCUUCGUUGUCAUCAAAUGUUACGAUCCAGUUAAUAACGAAUGAAGGACAAAAAGUGGUUAUGUAUAGCACUCAGCUUAACCAAUAUCUCCUAGCGAAAAGGGAAAGUGUUGAAGUUGACGAUGAAGACCAAGUAUGCAAGGUUUUGCUGUUGGAUGAAAAAUCUGUGAUUUCUGUUAAUCACCGUAAUGUUGUCACUGACUUCUAA